CAGCAAUUGGCUAAGCAAAUUGAAUGUCCCUAUCUUGAGCAAGGUGAUGAUGAGUAUUUCAGUCAGUCAUUCAGGAAGUCAGUUAUUCAUCCAGGAAGUCAUUCAGGAAGUCAAUCAGUCAUUCAGGAAGGCAGUCAGUCAUUGAGGAAGUCAGUCGGUCAUUCAUAAGUCAGUCAGUCAUUCAGGACGUAUUGGGCAGGGCGUUGAUGAGUCAGUCAGUCAUAGAGCAAGGUUUCUAUCAUGUGUGUGUGUAUGUUCAGAUAAGAUUAUUGUUGAGAUCCGUUGUAGUUUUGAUCUACUGAAGAGUGUUUAUUUUCAUUUUAAAUCCAUUAAAUUAGUCUCCCUUCUUUUAAGAAUGGGUGUCUUGUUUUAAAGCGUGAGUAUACUUUCUGUUUUAAAUUAGGGUCUGUAGUUAAACGUUUAGAACCCCUGUAACUAGGUCUUGACGUUUUGUUUUUUGCCUGUUUUUUUUUUUUUUUUUUUUUUUUUGACCCCCACUUAAUUGUCCUUUUGUUUUUUUUUUUUUUUUUUGUUUUUUUUUUUAUUUUUUUUUUCUUUUUUUUUUUUUUUUUUUUUUUUUUUUUUUUUUUUUUUUUUUUUUUUUUUUUUUUUUUUUGACCCCCACUUAAUUGCCCUUUUGGGUUAUAACACGUAGAGUUAGAGAUCAUUUCAUUCUCUAUAAAGGUACUGUUGAGUGUUGCUAAGAACAAAUUCGCCAGCUCACAAAACAGAGCCUUCUAUUUCGUAGAGAAGUUUAAAUAUAAUUGUUCGUGCCAGCAUACAUUUGUUUAUAAUUUUUCUUUUUAUGUGUGUGUGUGUUCUGAACUCGCAAUGUCUUGACUGCAUUAAAUUGUGCGUGUGUGAUAUAUUAAUGGUUGUGUGCUUUCAUUUGUUUCUAUAAAUCCAUGUACCUCUGGUCAGAAUCGUGAUCUUAUUUUCUAAUAUGAAUGACUUGCAAGCAGGGCUGCCAUUCACUGUUUUUUUUUUCAAAACUCCCAAGAUUUGGUCAAAAUUUUGGCCCAAGAUUUCCUAAAGUAUGGUUGCCCUGCUUUCAAGUCAGUUCCUGGUGGUGAGCGAUCUAUUACGUUUCCAAGCAGUUGAAUUGAACUCCAAUCUUGCUAAAGAGGAUUGGGGUGAUGCACGAAGGUAACGUGUUUACUUACCGGAUCACAACUGUCUGAUGUUCGUGUCCCACGAUUCGCCUAUAUCUAACUUUUGUGACGUCAUUUAACGCGACAAGGGGCGUGGCAAGCCAACGCUGCUCCAAGGGCAGCUCCUGAAUUUAUGCAACCUCUUCUUUUUUUUCCUUCUAAACGUGUAUAUUAAAAUACCGGUACACAAAUUGCACAUUACAACGUGCUAUUGUGGCGCCCUUGGCGCAAACCCCCUCACCCUGAUUCUACAUUCUCUUAGCUCUUUGGAGAGAGAGGAGUGGGGGGAGGGAGAUUUAUAUUGAUUGAUCCUCAUUUUUUUUUUUUUUUAAUUUCAGGAGCUGAGCGAAUAUCAAGAUCCCAAUCUAUUGUUUCUGCUCCUCCACUGUUCAGGCAUUGCGUUCUGCACAAUGCUGCUCACAAAGGCGCUCCUGUUGUUAGCCUGUGCUGCCACCACGGUGCAUUCUUUGGCAUGCUUCUUCAGCUCCGAUAUCAGCUGCGAUACGAGGAAUCCGGGGUCAUCCUACAGAAUAUCAUGCAAUGGCGAGAACUCCAUCAUUGGGCUGUUCACCGUGGAAGAGUACCUCAUAAAGAGGGGUAAGAUCUUGACGACCAUGUGCAUAAAAGUCGGAACAGUGCAUGACUGCACAUCCAGCGGUGAGUUGAAACAAUGACCUACAAAAUUGUUGUACGACAAUUUAUUACAUUUUGUUUGCGUGACGUACAUUUUGUUGCAUGAUUUUUGCAUAACAACAAGUUCAACUUUUUGGAGGACAAUUGCCUACAUUGUAUUUUAUGACGAUUGCCUACAGUGUGUUGUAUUGUAUGACUGUUGCCUACGUUAUGUUACAUAAAAAUUUCCUACCUUAUGUUACAUAACAAUUGCCUACCUUAUGUGGCAUGGCUAUUGCCUACAUUAUGUGGCAUGGCAAUUGUCUACAUUAUGUGGCAUGACAAUUGCCUACAUUAUGUGGCAUGACGAUUGCCUACAUUAUGUGACAUGACGAUUGCCUACACCUUGCCUACACCGUCUUGUUGUUGUGGAAUGCUCAACUACAGCUGGACUCGUCACUUGCUUAAGUGGCGAUUGCACUUGUGGUCGACACGGUGCUCUAAAAAAAUAUUGUUCAAAGUUUGUUACUGCAAUGGCAUUUGGUGGUUCUGUUCUGAUGGGGCCAACAGCAAUGGCAUUUGAUGAUUCUGUUCUGAUGGGGCCAACAGCAAUGGCAUUUGGUGUUUCUGUUCUGAUGUGGCAAACAGCAAUGGCAUUUGGUGGUUCUGUUCUGAUGGGGCCAACAGCAAUGCCAUUUGGUGGUUCUGUUCUGAUGGGGCCAACAGCAAUGGCAUUUGACUGUUCUGUUCUGAUGGGGCCAACAGCAAUGGCAUUUGCUGGUUCUGUUCUGAUGGGGCCAACAGCAAUGGCAUUUGGUGGUUCUGUUCUGAUGGGGCCAACAGCAAUGGCAUUUGGUGGUUCUGUUCUGAUGGGGCCAACAGCAAUGGCAUUUGGUGGUUCUGUUCUGAUGGGGCCAACAGCAAUGGCAUUUGGUGGUUCUGUUCUGAUGGGGCCAACAGCAAUGGCAUUUGAUGGUUCUGUUCUGAUGGGGCCAACAGCAAUGGCAUUUGGUGGUUCUGUUCUGAUGGGGCCAACAGCAAUGGCAUUUGAUGGUUCUGUUCUGAUGGUGUUAACAGCAAUGGUAUUUGACUGUUCUGUUCUUAUAAGUCAACUCUAUGCAUGUGAUAGUUUAAUUUUUUUAUGUCAUUCAAUCUCAUUCUUACAUUUGCUUCAGAAAAGCUACUUGCAGUAAUGUGGAAAGCCGUUCAAUUCUUGAGAAGUGUCACUCAGAGGCUGAUAUUGCGAAGGCUUUAUUUGUGUGGGCGUGAUGGCCAGGACCGGUUUCUUGACCCUUCGCCGCUCGCGCCUCAAACGUAUUCCUCUGCAAGAGAUACGACCCUGUAAUGGUCUUGCAGUCUGCUUGUCUCCCUGCUUGAUUUGUCCCUCUAUCUUACCUCAUGUAGAAGAUCUCUUAGCGUCAUUCGUCAUCUCCUUACAAAUAAUUUGUUUGCUUCUUGCUAUCUUUGCGCCACUACUUCUAAGCAUAAUAGGUGUUGGAAUAAGCUGUGUUUGUUUCCUGAUAGCUAUAUCCACACCAACUUUCAAAAUUUUUCUACCGAAAAUGGUAGCAGAAACAAGCUAACCUAUAUUUCCCAGGCGGACUUGGGUACCGGUACUCUAAUAAAUAAUGUUGGUCUUCUAGUAAGUCUUGUUGGUGUUCUAAUAAUUCUUGUUGGUGUUCUAAUUAGUCUUUUCGUGUUCUAAUAUGUAUUGUUGGUGUUCUAAUAAGUCUUGUUGGUGUUUUAAUAAGUCGUGUUGGUGUUCUUAUAAAAUCAAGUUGGUGUUCUUAUAAGUCUGGUUUGUAUUCUAGUAAGUCUUGUUGGUGUUUUGAUGAGGGGUUGAUUUUCAUUGUUGUUGGUUUUUUCCUUUUGUUGUGUUUUUUUUCCCUCUUCACCCCUGUCCACUUUUGGUUAUCACAGGUCCCUUGAACAACCUGGGCAAGGAUUUCGUAUUCAAUUGUCCUGCCGGGAAGGCUAUCACUGAUAUCCGGUACACAUACGAUGCUAAACAGGAUGACGGAAAUUUCCAGUUCGAGUGCUGCGCCAUCCAGGGCAAGAUUCCCACGAAUUGUAAAAGCUGGAAUGAAGGAAGCCGAAUGAUUCAGAUGAGUCGCAUGGCCAACUUCAAGCUGCCGGACGCCUUGAAACCAGCGAUAACUGGAAUCAAUUCAACAUUGGUCAAAAGGGAGUUGAUCAAGGAGUUGGGCUCGGACUACAAAACCCGCGUGUACGAUAUUCUCAUGUGUAGUAUACCGUAAAGAC